AUGCCGUCAUUCGAUCUACUAGGCCCUCCGACCGAGGCCACGAUCGACCCGUCCUCGUUCGCUCGACAAGCGGCUCAAUCGCUGCAGACCGCUCGGCUGCGACAAGCAGAAGCGAGGAGUUACAUCGAGAAGAGGACAAGUUCAACUGUCGAUGGUGACGUUGAUGUUGAAUCCGAUGCGCAAGAACAACUUCGUAAACGAUGUGUGUACAGCCCACCUGCACGCUGACUCGCACACGUGACUGAUCCGCUGGCCUCCUAUGCCACGGCCUGUAUCUUGCAGGCAGCGUGCACGACCUGAAAGCCCAUACCUCGGCCAUGUACUCCGACGAUUACAUGAGAACAUGUCUGCGUACCUUUCUCGAGACAACGUGGCUGGACCCGCACAACGACACGGAUCUGCGACACCUCAACCUCAAGUCAAAGUCGUCGCUGCGAGACAAACUCGAUCGGAUCAAACGAUCCCAUGUCGCAAUCGUCAAUGCCGUCGAGACGUCCCAGAGCUCUUCAUCCACAGGUCCAACCUCAGCCGGAUCUCGCGGGAACGCUACAUCCACCGAUGCUACGACUGUGAACACCAUUGCUGAUGAUGUCGCUUCAACAACCCCAACGGCCGAUCCGAGGUGGUCCAAGUGGCUCAGAGAACAUGAUGACAACACACUACGAAUCGCCAAGCCGACCGUUCACCCGGUCUUUUUGCGAGCACCAGGACACGCGGAUCUACAGACGUUGACCAAUCUUCGGCCCGGGAAGAGUGUUCCUCGCCAGCCGAUGCCUCAAUCCAGUAGUCAAGGCACCCAUGCGACCGGGUCCAGCUCGACAGCGACUGCACUACUCUCAUCGUUGAUGUACACCAUCACUUUUCAGCCGAUCGCUCCCACAUUACAACCGUCUUCAGCGAAUGCGAUCACUCGCGCUCAAACCCUUCGGGUGCUCGGGACGACCACUUUGGCCGAACUUAAGUCCAAUAUCAUCCGCAGUGGCAACGCAGUGCCAGGCGUCGAGUUGUCCGAUGACGAGGAUGCGACUUCCUCACCGAUGGGAUGGGACCAAGAUGAGGAUCAUGAAGAAAGGGAGCAAGGAGAGCAAGGAGAGGAAAACUCGGACGAGGAGGAGCGAGGCGCCGCCGUCAAGAGCAGGAAACAACGCAACCCGCGCACUGUGAGGGAACUUGAUCUGGCUCUGAUGUUGGAGCCGACGGAAGCAGCAAGGCUCAUCAAGUGGGGAAAGAAGCGAAGAAAAACCGGGAGCGUAUUUGGGAUUGAGGGUGCACUUUAUGCUGAUCACAGUCGAGAAGUCGAGGGCUAUGCGAGGUGAGCAUCUGCCCGUGUUGCUCUCGUGGUCGUUUCAGGACGGCUGAUCCGGGAACCUCGACGGGCAGCUUGAUCAAGCAAGCUACAUCCGAGAUUGACUGGUCAACUCAAAAGUCCGCCAAUGGAGCAACACAGCCAUCGAUUCCGACUUGGUUCAUCGGCGGUCGCAUAGAUGACAUCGUCCUCGGCUCCCUCAAGCUCAGAGUUGGGGAGCCGUACUACUACCUCCACGAUGGCAGCGCAGAACACAUUUGGACCAUUGACGAGAUAAGGCAAGUUCGUAACCUUAGUUCUCCAUUUGAAACCGAUGCUGAAGCAGGUCCGCAUCCUGCCCGCUCGUUCUCAGACUAGUCCACACUCUGGACCCAUCACCAACGGCCUCGGUCUAUCCAAUCACCUCCUUCUUGUCGCGCAACAGAUCCUUGUCCAGGUGUUACAUCUGUGAUAUUGAUACGGCGACCGUGAUCACGAUCGACGACGAGCUCGCAGGGCGAUCGCCGGCGUUGAUGUGCGAAAAGUGCUUCCAGCUGUUGCACUCCGUCGAUCAAGACUGGGAUCAUGGCGAUGAGGAUGGACAUCGCAAGUGGAGGAGGAUCGAGUGUGUUACUGAAGAAUGA